GCAGCUGCCACUGCAAAGAAAUUCAAAAGCAUUGUUGAGUUUAUUGAAAAUCGGCAUCCAUCAGCAAUUAUGAAGCUUGUAAAUUUUGAUUUUGAUUCAAAUUCAAGUUAUAUCAAGCUUAGUGCUACUUUCCAUGAGAAAUCUGAACCUCAAUUACUGUCUAAAGAAACGAUUGAUAAUUAUAAUGAAGUCUGGCAUGACCCUCCAUUUUGCCAGAUAUCACUUUCUCCUGAUGCUGCUCAGUCCACGGUACAGUGCUCACUCUCACUUAAAAACGCAACUGAGCCAAUUCUUAAUUGUAAAGCACCCCAAACAUUGGAUAAAAAUUCAUACAUUGGAUUGAUAUAUUAUGAAUGGGAAAAAAAAGAGUUUUUAAUGACAUUUCUUGCUGGAAAAAAAUUGGCCAAAAUAGCUCAAUAUAUUGAGAAGUAUUGUCCACUGGCUGAGAUCAAUCAAUUGUUUUAUUUUUCUUUCAGUUCAUCUCAUGAUUUUAUUGAGCUAAAAUUUGAUUGUUCACAGGAUGAGUCUUGUAAAGGAUGGACUGUACAACCAUUAGUUGAACCAUGCAGAUUAUAUCAAAAUGAUAUUGAUGAAUUUAGCAAAACUGUUUCACCUGUUCCCCCAUGUUGUUCUGUAUCAGUCCGUGGAUCACCUGAUGCUAUUCCUACGCUACAUUACUCCAUACCACUGGUGGGUGUUGCUAAUCCUGUUACAUUAUGCAUUGAUAGAAAACUUCAGCUAGAAAAAGAUAUAUUAGAACUUUUUGCCAGUCAUGAUACUGAAAUUAGUUUGGAAGCUUUCAUAGAGAACAGAAGGAAGGUUCGGAGUUUCUUCCAAGGCUUAGCUCAUCAGAAUAAAGUAUUACUUAAUCAGGCACUGGUUGAGGCUGAUAAACAAGCUGCCGAUGAUAAAUUUGCAAUGAGUAAAAAAUUGGAAGAUGUUUCAAAAAAGAAAGAGAGUAUUACUGAGGAUAAUGAGAAACUGCAAGCUCAAGUUGCUGAUAUAGAAAAAGAAAUGGAAAAAAUAGAGGAAGAAAAGAGAAAAGUGGAGGAAGACUAUUUCAAGAUCAUUAAAGAUCUUAGAGCUAAAGUGUCUGAUAAUGAAUUGUAUACUGCCAAACUAAUGAAGGAAAGGGAGCAACUACAGGAGAGAGUCACAUCCUUAGAGAAACAAUCCAUAAAGGAGACUACAUGUAGUUCUCAAUUUAACUACAUGAUUCCUUCAAUGGAUAAAUUAAAAUGUCUGAGUGAUGCCCUGCAAGUAGCAGAGAGGCAGCUGUUCUUAAUUGAAGGAGACAAACCUCAACUGAUGAAUUUGAAGAAAUAUGGUCUAAGGAUUGGAGUACAAGAAGAAAGCCUAUUGUCCUCUGAGACAGGAGAAGUAGCAGUGGUUGCUCUUGCAGCUGCAAAAGGACAGUUCCAGUUUCCCGCUAAUACUGUCCUAGUCAGUGAUGUGUAUGCAGUAUCACUCUCAAAGCCUCUCCUCAAACAACUCAAGUUAGAGAUACAGUACUCCAUUGAUUUAACAGGACAACCAGAUUUUACUCAAUACUUAAAGUUUGCUAUAGCUCCCGUGAGCACACCCAGUCUUCCUUACCAGUUCUCAAUAGUUGAGGGAGGAGAGUUUAGCUCUUGUAGUGGGUACAGAUUCAUUCAAGUUAAUGAGCCCUGCUUAGUAUGUACACUGCAGGACAAAUCAACUAAUGGAGGAGCAUCAGUUAAUGGAGACACAGAGGAAAGAGAGGAGGAAAAGAAGGAACAACAACCACAUGAGAAGGAAGAAAAGCAAUUGCUACAAGGAAGCGAUUCCUUUUUGCUACAACAUGAGGAAGAAGGAAUUCAGCAGCAGCAGGUGGAAGAGCUGGAGGAUAUUGAGCAUGGAGACGUUCACCAAGAAGUGGAAGGAGACCAACCACAUCAAGAGAAAGAAAAUGAGGCAGAGGAAAAAGACAACAAGGAUCAGGAGGGGGAACAAGAUGAUGAGGAGGGAAAUAUAAAGGGAGGAGAUGAUGAUGAUGACAAAGUACAGUCCACUCAUGCAAGAAAAGUUGUAACAUAUGCUGGACUGGUGUAUUAUGAAGAAAAAGGUGUAGAGGACUUAGUGACAUUUGCAGUUGCUAAAGAUUUGAAUACUCUCUAUGAUUUUCUUAAAAGGAGCCAUGAAGAUGCCAUUUGUGGACCAAAUGUUUACUUUCAGUUUGAUGAUGGCAUGGAUUAUAUUGAAUUGUGUUUAAAUACUCCUCAAAAGGAAACACCCACUGGAUGGACUAUUCAACCUCAUGUUAAACCUUGCAGAUUGUAUCGUCAAGACAUCUAUAAAUUUCAUGAAGCUACAUGUCCUGUUCCUCCAUCUUGUCUGGUAUCAGUGCAUGCAUCACCUGGUGCUGAUCCUACACUACAUUACUCGGUACCAUUGAAGGGUGUGGCUGACCCUGUUACAUUAUUUAUUCAUGCAUCACGGAAACAGAGAAGCCCUCCUACUUUAACAGGUCCUACUACCUCUUCCUCUAAUACAAUUUUUGAAGCUAUUGCAGUAUCAUCCACUGGAGUUGCUAGCCCAUCAGCUACUGUUGAUGUUAAUAAAGUAAAGAAAGUUGUACAUGAUGUUAUUGUUGAUACACUCAAGUCACUAGAAGUGGAAGCCAUCCCUGAUCUUACAGAUCAGCUUGACAAGUUUAACCUCAUCAAUAGUGCAGUCAGAGAAAAUCCUUCAAUGGAUAAGUUUGUUUCAGAAUUCAAGGAUAUUCUUUCUUGCUUGAAAAGGUUACCUCAAGUGCAGGAGCACUGUCAAAAGUUCUUAAGCUCAUUCAUUGCAGUAAGAGGCAGUUAUGCUAAAGUAGCUGAAACUUUACAUGAGGACUGGACUGAAGCUAUUAGAAUACAAAUGGG